CCCCCGCCCGCCCGCGCGGCCUGGACGCCUCCUCGGCCGGGGAGAGCCGGCCGGCGCGGCGCGGCCAUGGGGCGGGCGGCGUGGGGGCUGUUGUGGCUGCUGCUGGGCAGCGCCGCGGGGCAGUACGAGAAGUACAGCUUCCGGGGCUUCCCGCCCGAGGACCUGAUGCCCCUGGCCGCGGCCUACGGGCACGCGCUCGAGCAGUACGAGGGCGAGAGCUGGCGCGAGAGCGCGCGCUACCUCGAGGCGGCGCUGCGGCUGCACCGGCUGCUGCGGGACAGCGAGGCCUUCUGCCACGCCAACUGCAGCGGCCCUGCGCCGCCCGCGGCCUCCUUCCCGGGGCCCGAGCCCGGCCCCGACGGCGGCCGCGGCGACGAGUGGGCCCGCGAGCUGCGGCUCUUCGGCCACGUCCUGGAACGCGCCGCCUGUCUGCGGCGCUGCAAGCGGACGCUGCCCGCCUUCCAGGUGCCCUACCCGCCGCGGCAGCUGCUGCGCGACUUCCAGAGCCGCCUGCCCUACCAAUACCUGCACUACGCGCUGUUCAAGGCUAACCGGCUGGAGAAGGCGGCGGCCGCGGCCUACACCUUCCUCCAGAGGAACCCGAAGCACGAGCUAACCGCCAAGUAUCUCAGCUACUACCGGGGGCUGCUGGACGCCGCCGAGGAGCCCUUCACGGACUUGGAGGCUCAGCCCUAUGAGGCGGUGUUCCUCAGGGCCGUGAAGCUCUACAACAGCGGAGACUUCCGCAGCAGCACCGAGGACAUGGAGCGGGCCCUGGCUGAGUACCUGGCCGUCUUUGCCCGGUGUCUGGCUGGCUGUGAGGGGGCCCACGAGCAGGUGGACUUCAAGGACUUCUACCCUGCCAUAGCAGAUCUCUUUGCAGAGUCCCUGCAGUGCAAGGUGGACUGUGAGGCCAACUUGACCCCCAACGUGGGCGGCUAUUUCGUGGAGAAGUUCGUGGCCACCAUGUAUCAUUACCUGCAGUUUGCCUACUACAAGUUGAAUGACGUGCGCCAGGCCGCCCGCAGCGCCGCCAGCUACAUGCUCUUCGACCCUGACGACAGUGUCAUGCAGCAGAACCUGGUGUAUUACCGCUUCCACCGGGCUCGCUGGGGCCUGGAGGAGGAGGACUUCCAGCCCCGGGAGGAGGCCACGCUCUACCACAAUCAGACAGCGGAGCUUCGGGAACUGCUGGAGUUCGCACAUAUGUACCUGCAGCCAGAUGAUGAGAUGGAGCUGGAAGAGACAGUGCCGCCUGUGGAGCCCAAGGAUCCCCCAUCCGAUGCCGAGUUCGAGGGGGAGGGGGACUACGAGGAGGGCAUCUAUGCUGACUGGUGGCAGGAACCGGAUGCCAAGGGUGAUGAGGCGGAGGCCGAGCUGGAGCCUGAACUAGCAUGAGAAGAGAGCUACCCUUGCACCCCUGAAUUGCUGGGGAAGCCUGGGCCCAAUGGGACCACCCUUACCAGCCUGGGCAGCAGCAAGAACUAUUUAUUAAAAACGUAAAAUGGACAUAGCUGACCAGGCCCCAUCCGGUCCCACCUGUGAGCGCUGCUCCCCGGGUCCCUCCUGUCUCCUCUCUGGGUCUCUGGACCCCAAGUUGGUGGUGCUACAGCUGCUGAUGGCCCUUCCUCCUCCCCAGGGCUCUCCUCACCCGGACAGUCUCCUGAAGAAGGUUCCUGCUCCUCCAAGUUGGGGUCUCAGCCUGAAUUUCAGAGACAGCAGAGGGGCAGCCAGUGUCACGAAGAGCACUGGACCAGGAGUCCAGUGGUUUCUGGCACGCUGGCAGUGGGUGCUCAAUAAAAGUUUCUUGUUGAAUGAA